UGAGGCUGACAGCAACCUUCGUUGUGAUCACUCUGCUCUAAACCACCCUGAGGAGAACUUCAAAGACACACUCACUGAAAAACAUGAACUCAUUCACAGUGUUGGGUCCUGUUCUGCUGAUGUGGUCUUGCCGUGUUAAGGCAAAUGUGACCAGAAUGACUACCGAGGGGGAUUAUGAAGACUCAACCAGUGAUGCCUCUACUUUUGAUUAUGGCACCGCUGUCAGCAUGUGCGAAAAAGCGGCCAAUCGGAACUUCCGAUCCUGGUUUCUACCCACAGUCUACAGCAUAAUCUGCUUCCUGGCUCUCCUGGGAAACUUCCUGGUCAUCCUCACCUACCUCUAUUUCAAGCGGCUUAAGACGAUGACGGAUAUCUUCCUGUUGAACCUGGCCGUGGCUGACCUGCUCUUCGCUCUCUCGCUGCCCUUCUGGGCUGCCAGCGUCAUGACCACAUGGCCUUUGGGCCAGUUUCCGUGUAAGUCCAUGCACGCCAUCUACAAAAUUAGCUUCUUCAGUGGGAUGUUCCUCCUGACCUGCAUCAGCGUGGACAGAUACUACUCCAUCACCAAAGCUGUGUCGGCCCACCGCUGCCGUUCCAGCGCCAUCCAGUAUGGACGGGUAUCCUCAAUGAUCACUUGGGUAAUGGCUGUGGUCUUCUCCCUCCCUGAGAUCAUCUACUCCGGCAUCAACAAUAACAACACUUGUGUGGCCUUUACCCACGCGCACGAAGACCUGCGCGUCUCCAUGCUGGUCAGCCAGAUGAUCCUUGGUUUUGUUCUGCCGGCACUGGUCAUGGGUUUCUGCUACAGCUGCAUCAUCAAGACCCUUGUGCAGGCCAGGAACUUUGAGAAGAACAAAGCCCUGAAGGUCAUCUUCGCUGUGGUGAGCGUCUUUCUGGUCAGCCAACUGCCAUACAAUGUUGUGAUGGGUCUGAGUACAAAAAAUACCACCCAUUGUGAUUAUGAAAACCUCCUUCUCUAUGCCAUGGACGUGACUCGAGGCAUCGCCUUCCUGCGCUGCUGCGUAAACCCGUUCCUAUACGCCUUUAUCGGCGUGAAGUUCCGUAAUGACCUGCUAAAGCUCCUGAAGGAUCUGGGAUGCAUCAGCCAGAGGCAUGUCAUAUACGCCUGUGGCAAACGCAAGUCCUCAGCAGGAUUUGAGACCGAGACCACCACCUCAUUUUCCCCCUGACGUGGCUCCACCUGCUAACUUCACCAAGCUGUACCAGUGUAUUCCAGUUUCCAAACGUAUAUUGCAAAACUUGCUCUUUUAACAUUUUCUGUAGAGCUUUGUGAAAUGCAGUUUUUGCGUGGUAAAACUGCUAAACCCUGAGGUGCUAGGUCUGUGUGGACACAUUUUACACUUCCUUUUUCUAUAAACUGUGUAGUUUUUCAUUUAAUAGCAGUUCCCUUAAUAAUAAGUUUUAAGAUUAAUAACCGAAUGGAUUUUAAAUGGACUUAAUUAAAUGGAAUUUAAAUGGUAUUAAUUUGCUGUUUUUAUCCAAUAUCAUCUAUGAACUGUGGAAAAAUUACAAUGAAACUAUUUUGUAAUGUAUGUAUAAAACAGAGUGUAUAACAUGUACACUAACAUGCCAAAUGUAACUGAACAGCAACUAGUAUCAUGUCCCAAGACUUUUGCCAUGUGCCAUGUUAGCUGAAGAACUCUCACAUGUACUGACGUGUGAGAUAUGUAUGUGAGGCCUCCUAUAUUGAAUGUGGAUGUAUAUAUAUUUUUAGAGUAACUGCACUGUUCACUGUGGAUUCCCGACCACCCUAUAGAUCCAGGAAUGUUAAAUACCUGCACAACUUCAGAAAAUGGAAAGUCGCACACGGGCCAACGUUCAGUCAACCUCACUUGAUAAGAUAACAUAAGAUAACAUCCCACAAAACUAUUACAGGUGUGGGCAUUUCCAAACCGUCCCCUGGCAUAACAUUUUAUUAUUAAUUUACAUAUCGCUAUUCCAUCGUAUUAUAAACAGGUGUAUUAAUGAAGCAUUCCAUUAUUAUAAUAUGCAGCUACUGACAAAUUUUGAAUGUUUACUGAGUAAUAUAUAUAAUUAAUCCUUGCGACACCUGAAGCUCAUGGUGGAUACAUCGUUCAGAGAUUGUAUUAUACACUCCUGCUGCACCUUAUUCUAUGGGAUCAUUUUUAUUCAAGUAAUUGAUAUAUUUAUUUUUUUAUUAAUCUUUCUAUAACCUUUAGAGUCAGUUUGACACCAUUUAGUGUUUAACCAAAUCUCUUUAAAAAAAAUGAUAUAUGACAUAAUCAGUGUGUUUCCUGUUGACCUUUUUUCAAUGACUUUUACUAAUUUAAUUUGAUGAGGACAAACAAGUUAACAUGUUUCACAGACUGAUAGUAUUAAAUGGAAAUAUAUGUUUAAUAUCUUAAUGUUUAAUGUUCUUGGCCAUGUCAAUUUGACCCAGGCUUUUUUAUCUGUACAACAUUUAUGAAAUAUGAAUAUUUUACAGACAUUUGUGUUGGAUAAUAUUGAGGUCAUUUUAUAAUCUUAAAAAAAAAUUUAAAAAUCCUCUGAGUUUGACCCAAAACUAACAAAACCAUUCUUAUAGUAAUGCCAGAUCCACUGAUAGUUCAGUGCAGAAACAAAAAGUGAAAUAUCUGCACUAUAAAUUAAUUAUAAUAAUUUUCUAGAGUUUUAAAUUGCUGGAGUCAAAAUGAUCUCAAGGAUAAAGGGUGCUAGUAAAUUUGCGGAUUACAGGAGGGUAAAGUUUCCAUUGCAUUAUCAUGUAUAUCAUGUAUAGGCUGGGCUCAUUUUUCAAGGUGUGCGUUUGUUUUAGAUGAAACUAUUUCUUAAAGCUGUUUUAUUCAAUUAGCUGAAUCUGAAUGUAUUUUGUGUUUUUAUCUGUAUUUCUUUACCAGUGUCAAGAAAGACACAACCGAACAUACAAUCAAGCAUUGCAUUGUGACACCUCCUUAUUUCCACACCUAUGAUCAAUUUCUUUUCUGUAGUCUUUCUGUUUCACUGCAUACUGUAUUAUACUCCUUUCACCAGGUUCUUUUUUGAUUAGGACCCCACAGGAGAGACCGCCACAGAGCAGCUAUUAUUUUGUCAGUGCACUGCACAGCAGUGAUACUGGCAUGGUGGUGGUGUGUUAGUGUUUGUUGUGCUGCUACAAAUGGAUCUGACGCAGAAGUGCUGCUGGAGUUUUUAAACACCAUGUCCACUCACUGUCCAUUCUCUAUCAGACACACCUAAUAAGCUGCUCCAGCUUGUAGAGGUAUAUCAGUGCUCACAAUGGACACACAGUGUUCUCAGACUGUUCUCUGUCCAAAAGUGAUACUGAGGUGUUUACAAACUCCAGCAGCACUGCUGUGGCUGAUCCACUGCCAGAUCCACUUUGCCAGUGUCACUGCAGUGCUAAGAAUGACCCACCACCCAGAUAAUAGCUGCUCUAUGGUGGUCCUGUGGGGUCCUAAACAUUGAAAUACAGGGUGUAUACAGGACUGUAUAAUGUAAUUAUAGAACUACAAAGUUUCCUAUAAGAUCAGUGGAGCUAAAAAAAAAACGGAUAAUAGGUGUAAAAAAACAAGGAUGUUAUAAUGUAAUGCUUCAUCAGUGUAUGUGCCUGGAUAUUUUAGCUAUUGAAUGUCUGCAGUCACACUGCUAAACGUCUGAAAUGUACAGUUUUAUACAUUUAUGGCAUCUGUUUACCACAUAUAUAUUAAAUAAAAUACGGUAUAUGCGAGAA